CCAGCUGCAAUUGAAGCACUUUUAAGAGUGUGUGUAGUGCUUUCGGCGUCUUGAAGAUGAAUUUCAGCUUCAGCAAGUGUCACUCUGUGCUCAUCACGGGCGCGAGCAGAGGUCUCGGACUGCAGAUGGUCAAGCAGUUGGUCGCUGUGCCGGAGAGACCAGAAAAGAUCAUUGCAACUGCCCGAAAUCCAGCCGCUGCUAAGGAACUGCAAGAACUCGCGAAGUCGCAUCAAGGGAUUCAUGUCAUAUCGCUUGAUGUCACCAGUGACACCAGCGUGGAUGAAGCAGCAAAAGAUGUAGACUCAGUUGUGGGUGCUAAUGGGUUGAACUGCUUAAUUAAUAAUGCCGCAAUUAACAUAUCCAGCGAUCUGAACACAGUAACUCGAGAUGUUGUAAUGAAAACCUUUGAAAGUAACACAGUGGCUCCUCUGUUUGUCACCAAGGCCUUUUUGCCAUUGUUGAGAAGGGCAGCAGCUCAAGGCAGUGGCAUGGGAAUGCACAGAUCAGCAGUGGUCAAUGUGUCCUCUGUCCUGGGAUCUGUGCAGCUCAACUGGGGCGAGGGAGCGAGCUUCAAGAGUUAUGCUUAUAGAGCUUCAAAGAGUGCCCUGAACAUGGUUACAAGGAGUUUGGCCACUGAUUUGAAAGCAGAGGGAAUCUUGUGUGUAGCACUCCAUCCUGGUUGGGUACGCACAGAUAUGGGUGGGCCAAUGGCACCUUUGAGUCCAGAGGAGAGCAUAUCAUCCGUGUUGAAUGUAAUUUCUGGAUUAAAGGAGAAGGAUCAUGGUGGAUAUGUGGAUUACACUGGGAGCAAUUUACCCUGGUGAACAUUUGUGUUUGUGUGUGUGUGUGUGUGUCAUUGUCAUUGUCAUUGUUCAAGUGCCAAAGCCAGACCCCUGAUGAGCUAAAACCAGAAAAACAGCCUGCAGGAUUAAUUAUUCAUAAAUUCCGUUUGCAUGUGUGUUUCCUGUGUUUAAGUGUCCCUGUAUUCAUGUGUAUAGAAUGUGUGUGCAUGCAGAUUCUAUACAGAAAUAAAAUGGUGCUUUUGGGAAGAAAAGAAAAGGUCAUUUUUAUAGAAGUAUAUAUAGAAAAUCAAAUUGUUUUGACUUGUCAAUGAAAGGCUGUGAUGCAGAGUAUCUUAAACUAUAUACUGUUUGAUACCUGUAAGUAAUGGUCUGUCAUGGUUGUUGCCUUUUCAUGAAUAUAAAAAUAAAAUAUAAG